AUGGAGGAGAAGAUGAAAAACCUUAAAAUUCUUGAAACAAGACAAGGGUUUCACUUUCCUCACGAUGUUGUCCAUGAUAUCUUAUCAAAAGUUUCUGCAAAAUCUCUGAUUAGAUUCAAGUGUGUGUGCAAGCUCUGGUUCACUACAAUCUCUGAGUCUACAUUCGAGGAGAUCCACCUUCAACAACAGAUGUCAAAAAUCAUGAUCAUCAACCACGUUGAUAAUUCGAAGACGUAUUGUGUGGAAGAAGAAGGCAUAAUCCCAGGCAAACAUGUGGUUGGACUGAAAUCCAAUAACUUAUUGCUCUAUGAAGAUAGUCUUCUCAACUGUAAAAGAUUAUAUGUUUAUGAUACCUUCACCCAACGCCAUAAGUUACUGCCUUGUAUCACCUUCAGACAUGGUUGCUCAUUUGUGUAUGAUGCAUCAACCCAAAUUUAUAAGGUGGUCGUUUUUAGAGAUGAAUUUUACGGCAGUACUAGUAAUACUAGAAGACUCACAUGCUGCAUCUAUUCCUUGGAUUAUGAAAGGUGGUUAGAGGACGAAGAGUGGAGGCAAUUGAAAGCUCCAGUGUCUCAGAUAUUAGUUUCAUGCACUUCGCCUAAAUUCCUCAAAGGGAUAUUGUAUUGGCUGUCUCGCAGAAGUGCUGUUACCAAUGGUUUAGAUGUAGCUUUUAUACAACCUCUGGAAAUUGCGACAGAAAAAUACCAGGAAAUCAUAAAGCUUCCAUACCUAAACUAUUCUCUCCAUGGGUUUAAUAAUAUCAACUUAUCAGAGAUAAAAGGAUUACUUUGUCUGAUGAAUCCAGCCUCGGUUUUUGAGUUUGACAUAUGGGUUCUUAAAGAUUCAUUCCGAAGCCUUUGGAUUAAGCUGCAUACAAUCUCUCUCGUUACCAUGGUUGAUAGACCAAGUUGGUUGGGAAAUUUCCAUGGGGAAGAGUUUAGUCCAUGCCUCGUUUUGGAGGGUUGCAACAACAAACUUACAUACAUCCUCUUUCAGUCCUAUGGGCGCGAGCUCCACUGGCACAAAAUUGAUCAUCGGCGCAUUGACAUGGCAUAA